GAAACCACCGUUUGCAGUCCACUCUCCUCCUUAACCGGAACCCAUUUUGUUCACUCUUUCAACUUCUAUCUCUACAUCUCCCCGUUUUCUGUAACUAAUUCAUUUCAAACAUCACAAUAAAAUAAUGAAGCAUCUAUCAUCCAUUGCCAUUGAUGUCAUCCACAACUCUGCUAAAAAGUUGAAUACUUCUGUGGAGAAAUUGGUGGAGGAAUUUGAAGCAGAAUGGAAGGCUGAAGUGGGUGGUUAUUCGAAGAAGUUGGUCGAAUAUUGUAGCUCAAAGGCAAUAAAUGAAGAGUGUAAGUACAUUGAAGAAAAGAUUAGUGAUGGAUCUUUUAGCAGAUUCACUUUUGAUGCUAUGCUUGCUUGGGAAAUGCCUAGCUCCCAAGAUGAGGAAUCUCGCAUGGAAUAUGGAGGAAAGAGCAGAGAAGACAGGAAGUUAGCUGCAAACGUUGAUGAAGAACAAGAGGACAUCUCUCUUUUUUAUUCAGAUCUCAUGCCACUUCUUGUUAAUGAUGAAGCAAGUGUUGGAGAAGAUGCAUUUGUAUGGCUAGGAUCAUUGGUUCCGUUGGCUUCAGAUGUUAUUAAUGGAAGAUUUACAUUUGAAACCCUUACGGCACCUACAGCUAACUGCCUCUUUUUCCCUGCUUAUGACAAGUUCUUGAAAGAAAUUCACAAAUGUAUAAAGCAUUUGCAAAAUCAAGCAAAGCCAAAGGGUGCGGAGCUUGCUGAUGAUGAGUUUAUAUUGCACGUUGAGGGAACAGCAAGUUCACAGAGAGUAGUUCGUCAUAUUGGAGGAACAAGUUGGCCUGGUAGGCUUACACUGACAAAUUAUGCUCUAUACUUUGAGGCGUCGGGCGCAAUAGGAUAUGAUGAUGCGCUUAAAAUUGACCUGUCGAAAGAUGUUGAACACACUGUGAAGCCAACUGCUACUGGUCCAUGGGGUGCUCCACUUUUUGACAAGGCGAUAAUCUAUGAGUCCCCUGAAUUAUCGGAAGGAAUUGUGUUGGAGUUUCCAGAGAUGACUAGUUCCACAAGGCGCGAUCACUGGCUUGCACUUGCGAAAGAAGUGAUGCUAAUGCACCAAUUCCUGUCAAAGUAUAACGUGGAAGAUCCAAUACAAUCAUGGGAUAUGCAUUCAAGGACUAUACUGGGAAUUGUAAGGCUGCAUGCUGCAAGAGAAAUGCUUAGAAUAUCGCCUCCUGUUCCAACAAAAUUCUUGAUCUUUGGUUUAUUUGACGAGUUACCUAAAGGAGACUACGUGCUACAAGAGCUUAGCGAUAGCCUGAAGAAGGUUAAUAGCGGACAUCCUUGCAGUGCUAGCUCUGUUCUAAGGAGUUUGAACAUGCCUCAAGCAGCCAUCUCGACAGUAGAAGAAGUUAAAGAAGUGAGAAUGGAAGGGAUAAAUGAUCAAGAUAGCAUUCAAGCAUUAGAGAGUGCUGUUAACCAAUCUAGAGAGGAAGCCAAGGAAGUUGAAAUCGCCAAAGCUACCGCCGAGGGAUUGAAAGAGGAAGGGAUAGGUGAAAGUGCAGUGAUUCUUAUGGAGUUGUUAAAGCCGCUUAAAAGUAUAUUACCUUGGUUUGAAGAAGUAAUUUCUUGGAAAAAGCCGGGGACCACCUUUGCGGUUGUUGUUGCGAGUUUAUUGAUCAUCUACAAGGAUUGGGUUGGCAAAGCUAUUGCUGCUUUCCUGUUAUGGACUGUAUCGAAGAUGCUGCGGGCGAGAUUAGGAAGACUUGAAGACCAAUGUAAAGAGAUAGUAGUGCCUACAGGUACGGACCAAAAGACGACAGUGGAAAGCAUAGUGGCAGCUCAAUUCGGAUUGAGAACAGCUCACGAGGUGAUGCAAAUCGCAAACAUAGCAGUCUUGAAAAUCUGGUCGAUUAUGUGCUCAAAAGCUCCUAAGCAUGCGGAAGCAGUGAUGGUGUCGAUGACUUUAAUGGCAAUCGUAUUUGCAGUGAUACCACUAAAGUAUAUCAUAAUGACGGUCUCGUUAUACUUUUUCAUUAUGACAUCAGCAGUAGGGAAGUACAUAGGAAAUGAGCAAGGAAACAGAAGACUACAAGAAUGGUGGGACUCCAUUCCUAUUGUUCCUGUUCGGAUUGAGGACAAGUCUACCGAGGGUUCUACUUAGAGUGUAGGUGAUAGAGAGUUUUGAUUUGUUAUACAUGUUACUAUGCACUUUUUACCUUUUAUAAACGUAUAGAUCAGUGUGUUUAAUAACAAUUAUCAUU